GAUCCAGGGGAGGCUGGGAGGGCGGUGGGCCUGGCACGCUUUGGGCCUGGCAGGCAGAGGGAGGAGGCUGUCUGGCUGUCACCCAGAGGAAAGGAGGCGGUGACUGCGUUCAGACACUGGCCCCAUCUGGGCUGGGGGCUGUACUAGCCGAGCCGUUUGGCAGGCCCUCGUGGCUGGCACCAGCGCGGUCUGGCCUAGGUCCCAGCACGGCUUCUCUACUCGGUUUCCAUGUGAUCUGGCCCUGGUCACGCUGGUCUGGCCAAGUUAGCCUGCAGCCUUGCCGCAAGCCUGCUCUAAGCCCCAGUGAGGAGGGUGCCACUGGGGUCUCGUGGGAGAGGAGGCAGCAUAGGUGGGAGACUUGUCCUCAGGAGGCAGGUGCUGUCCCUGAGAAGGGAUCUGGCUAGCGCCUCUCCCGCUGGGGCGCAUCCAUCUGCCCUGCCGCCAUCAGGCUCGGGUAGGUCACUGCAAUCAUCCGCUUGGGGCUGAUGGGCCCUAAGAGUCUGCUAACCCUCCCCUCUCCGAGCCCACCCUCGGUGGCCAGCACAGCUCCAGCAGGCUUGGCGGAUGGCAGGCAGUGGGUUACACUUACCCCUCCCUGUGUGAGCCGUCACCUUGAGCCCCAGCUGACCCGAGCAGCGGGAAUCCAGCAACCAUCAGCUCCUCAGGACCCGCUCAGCUGGUGGUGUCUGAGCCCUCUUUCCCCUCAUCGGCAGGGACCUGUGGCCAGCACCCUCCUCCCUCACUGCCGGGCAGCAUCAGACUCUUUGCUCAAGUUACAGCCCCUUCCUCACUCCCUGCCCCUCUGCCCUGCGUCUCUUUGCUGCCUAGGAGCCGCCCUGGGCUGGAUGCUGGAGGCCCGUGUCCCCACAGAGAGGAAGCUGAGUUUCUACCUUGCCACUUCGCUGGCCCUGCUGCUGGGCGCCAUUGGGCUGUACUGGAGCAUGGUCGCUCUUGGCGUGGACAUCGACUGGUCAAUUCACCUGGCCACUAAGUGGUGCUUGAACCCGGAGUGGAUCCGCGUAGACACGAGGCCCUUCGCGUCGCUGUGCCGGGACACAGCCUCAGCCUUGGGCCUGGGGCUGGCCACCCACUCCUCCCUCUACACCCAGCUGAGGCACGAGAGACCCGGCUGGAAGCAGCGAGCUGUGGGUGCCGGCCUGGCCCUCGCCGCCCUUCAGGGCCUGAACAACACUGCGCAGCCGGAGAAUGUCGGCCUGUGGUACGGCCUGAACUUUCUGAAAUACGCCAGCUUCCCAUGGGUGGUGGUGGCGCUUGUUCCGUGGCUGGUCCGGUCGCUCCCUCUCACGCAGACCCGGCCACACUCCGAGUAGCACGUCCAGUGCAUCAGUGACCCACACAGACGGUGGGUCACUCACCCUAGGGGGCGUGGCUGGAACUACCCACAGGCAUGUAAACUAAAUCUCCCGGCAAGUAGCAGCAUCCAUCCUCCCAGCCUCCAACGUCAUUAGAUGCAACAGAGGCCAAAUUCUGUUUUUCUGUCUGCUGGUCCAGCCCCGUGUGUCAGUGCGGCUGUGCAUGAGAGCAGCUGGCUCUGGGCUAGAGGAGGAUUGCAUUGGCUAGAACACUUUGCUGGAAAGCACAGUUACUUAGCCCUGCUUUGGCUAAUGCAGGUUCUCCUCUGGCUUAGAUGGGGCCUCAUGUGAGAAGGAUCCAAAUAAACCAGCAGCUUGAAUCUGGCCUCUUGAGCACUAGCAUCAAGGAGGUUUAUCUGUGCUGGGAGCAAGGGGUCUUGGGUAAGACCCUAACACGAGGCAGUGUGUCGCAAGGUGGGCUGUUUGGAGGACUAGCUGGCCCCCUGUGGCUCCAACAUUGGUAGCUUCCUGUCUGGACUGCAGAGAAACUGUUCUGGCUGGCACUGAAGACCUCGUCCUGGGCAUCCAAUGGUUGGGACAGUUGUGUGUGAAUGCAACGGGUGCAUCUGCACUAGAAAAUGUGGUACUCUAUUCUCCAGCUGCAUUGCGACUACCAUAGGCUCCUAGAAAUGUGGGUCUGGAAGGGACCUCAAGGGGUCAUCUAGUCCAGUGUUUCUCAGCCUUUUUGAUACCAGGGACCAUCUUGCUGCCUUCCUAAAGGCAGGGAGCUCUCAGGGACUGGCACCAGUCCAUGGACCGGGCAUUGAGAAACACUGAUCUAGUCCAGUCCCCCGUGCUCAGAGAGGACCAAGUACGUCUAGACCAUCUCUGACAGGCAUUUGUCCAACCUGUUCUUAAAAAUCUCCAAUGACGGGGUUCCACAACCUCCCUUGGAAGCCUAUUCCAGAGCUCCACUACCCUGAGAGUUAGAAAGCUUUCCCUAAUAUCUAACCUUAAUCUCCCUGGCUGCAGAUCAAGCCAUCGCUUCUUGUCCUACCUUCCGUGGACAUGGAGAACAGUGGAUCCCCAUCCUCUUUGUAACAGCCCUUGACAUAUUUGAUGACUGUUAUCAGGUCUCGCCUCAGUCUUCUUUUCGCAAGACUAAACUUCCUCAGUUUUUUUUUAACCUUUCCUCACAGGUCAGGUUUUCUAAACCUUUGAUCAUUUUUGUUGCUCUCCUCUGGAUUCUGUUUUGUUCGACCACAUCUUUCAUAUAGUGUGGCACCCAAAACGGGACACAGCACUCCAGCUGAGAGCUCGGCAGUCCUGAGAAGAGCAGGACAGUUACCUCCCGUGUCGUACGUACGACACUCCUGUUACUACAGCCCGGAAUGAUAUUAGCCUUUUUCACAACUGCAUCCCCUUGUGGCUUCACAUUCAAUGUGUGAGUCACGAUUGAUCCCAGCUCCUUGCCAGCAGUACGGCCACCUAGCCAACUACUCCCCAUGUUGUAGCUGUGCAUUUGCUUUUUUCCGUCCGAAGUGAAGUACUUUGCACUUGUCUUUAUUGAGUUUCAGCUUGUUGAUUUCAGAUCAAAGUCACUGAUUUAACAAGGUCCUUUUGAAUUCUAAGCCUGUCCUCCGAAGGGCUCGGCCCCUUGCUCCCAGCUUAGUGUCAGCUACAACUUUUAUAAGCGAAUGCUGCACUCCACUAUCAGAGUCACUGGUCCUGGCCGUAGGAGAGACGCCUGCAGGACCCCACUAUACAUCCUCCCAGUUUGACAGCAAGGCAUUGAUAACUACUCUUUGACUACAGGCUUUUAACCAGUUUUGCACCCACCAUAUAGUAAUUUUAUCUACCCCACAUCUUCCUAAUUUGCUUACAAGACUGUCAUGCAUGACUGUGUUAAAAACCUUCCUAAAAUCAAUAUAUAUCAUGUCUAAUGCACCCUCGCUGUUCACUAGGCCAGUACCCCUCUCGAAGAAGGAAAGGAGGUUGGUUUGGCAUGAUUUGUUCUUGACAAAUCCAUGCUGGCUAGGCCUCAUCCUCUAGCUGCUUCCAAUUUGAUUGUUUAGUACGUUGCCUCUUUCCAGCUAUGGUCUCUAGACUAACAUCUAGCGCAUUGCUAGAGCGUUUCAGAAGCAGAUCUCAGAGCGCUUUAUGAAAGACCAAGUCAUCAUCCCCAUUUUUCAAGCUAGGGAAACUGAGGCCCAGAACCGUGAAGUGACUUGCCCAAGGUUACCCAGUAGACUAGUGGCAGAGCUGGGAAUGGGCUCCUGACUCUCCAGUCACUCUCUAGCCGGUAGGCCACACUGCCAGGAAACUAGCAACGUUGUUAAGUGCUGGUGCAGACUAGCUGGAAACCGGGGAUCAGUUGUGCUGGUGGAAACCAGGCCAAGGUGUUGGACAAGGUCACGGUGACCCAAGCAGCGUCUCAUCACUUAGCCUUAACAGGGCCAAAGGCCUUGAGUGACGAGGCCACAGGCCAACCUCCCUCCGGUGGUAGCGGCACUUACAGGCUGUAGCUAAAAUGCUUCUGUUCACGUAUGUUGUCUGUGUCAUUGCAAAUCCUCUGUGACUUGAAACAUUGGGGGAAGAAGGGGAUGAUUGUGUGUGUGGGGGGGGGGAAGUGAUUCAGCCAUGUGUUUGGCCAGCGCCUGGCACAGCAGGGGUCUGGUCCGUGACUGGGGUGUCCAGGUGCUACAGGGUAACAGCCAAGUGCUGGCUGCACGUAUUUAUUCCUGGUGUUGAGAACCAAAUAAAGGACCCUGGAACUGCC